CUCGGUGGAGCCGUUACCAUGACAGCGGCCGGGCGCGCGGCUGGGCGUAGUGAAGAUGGCGGUGACCGGCUGGUUGGAGAGUCUGCGGGCUGCGGAGAAGACGGCGUUGCUGCAGGACGGAAGAAGAAAGGUGCAUUAUUUGUUCCCAGAUGGGAAGGAAAUGGCGGAAGAAUAUGACGAGAAGACGAGUGAACUGCUCGUGAGGAAGUGGCGUGUGAGAAGUGCCCUGGGAGUCUUGGGCCAGUGGCAGCUCGAAGUGGGAGAGCCAGCACCCCCAGGAGCAGGGAGCCUGGGGCCCGAGCUCAUCAAGGAGAGCAGUGCCAACCCGAUCUUCAUGCGCAAGGACACCAAGAUGACUUUCCAGUGGCGGAUCCGGAACCUCCCCUACCCUAAGGAGGUCUACAGUGUCUGCGUAGCCCCAAAGGAGCGCUGCAUCAUUGUCAGGACAACCAACAAAAAGUACUACAAGAAGUUCUCCGUUCCCGACCUAGACAGACACCAGCUACCCCUGGAUGAUUCCUUGCUGAGCUUUGCUCAUGCCAACUGCACCCUGAUAAUCUCUUAUCAGAAGCCAAAGGAGAUCUUGGUAGCAGAGACAGAGCUACAGAAGGAGCUAAAGAAGGUCAAGACAGGCCACAGUGGUGAUGGAGACUGUAAGACUCAGUAGCUGGCCCCUGCCUUACACCUCUGUGGGGAGGACUCUGCAACACUUUCCAGCCUGGCCUUGCUGGUACGGGGCAGCCCCUGUCUCCUAGGAGCCAUCCAGAGCCAUCGGAACUGGAUGUAGUAGUGGCCCCAGUUCAGUCUCACUUCCUGAGUAAAGUCCUUCUUAGUGACUGCAGAUGGGCUGCCCUUCCAUCAGCUUUGUGUGCUCCCUACCCAAGUCCCUUGGCUUCCUGAGGGAGGGCACUGGUGUGCCUUUCCCUUCUGCAUCCUGGGCACUUUCAGCAUAAAGCCUUCUGCCUCAA